CUUGUGUCAUACUGUGACUAAACGCAGCAGCCAGACCCAAGACGUUCUUGGCCAAACGGCAAAAGCGUAGCUCUGUUUAUGUUUUAGGAGCGGUAACGGCCCGGUUGAGCUCGGAGUCGGUAGACCAGCCGUCUGUCUUUUAUCUGCGUUUCAUAACCCGAACUGCUGUCCAACGGCGGAGGGGCUGCUGAAGGCGAAACGACACAUCGAUAGCCAUCAACGUCAGCAGUAUUCAGAAAUGAAUUUCCGCACAUUAUUAGCGAGUCAAGGCUAACGCUAAACUUGGCUAGCUGUGUGGAGAGCAGUAAAACUUAACUGUAAGCUGAUGGCAGACUGAUAAUGUCAGGAUAGUGAACACCAACAGCUUUUUAGACGUUUUGUAUUUUGGUACUAGAUUGGCUGACAAGUGUUCUUGGAAAUUUGACUGACGUUGAUUGUGCAGCAGUGUUUGCUAGUUUGGUCGAUGUGCUAGCGAUAAGACUUCAAGACUCAGUAAUGUUGUAGUUAGUUCAUGUAAAACAAGUCUUAAACAAUUCUAAGUUUGUAUCCGAAUGCUGAAAAUGCAACUUUGGUUAAUACCUUAAGUCUGCUGAAACAUUUAAAUUUUCUGGUAACUAACUAAAUGACAGACCUUGACACUUCCUGAGGACACGAGCAGAUAUAAGUUAAGGCAUCAUUGUUUUGUGUUGUAGACUAUGAUUGUGGGCAAUGGAGGACAGUCAAUGUGGGGACUUGGACUACCUGAUCCAAGAUGAGGACACCCUCAUUGAAGGCGUCAGCAACCAGGUCUUAUUUGUUGUGGUGCUCAGCAUCACCUUUCUUGCAGGCCUCCUCACUCUGCUCUGCAGACAAGAGCAGCAGAACAUUCAUCCUGAGAAUCAGGAGCAUGUUCGAGCUGUCCGACAGCAACUCCAAACAGAGCAGGAUGAAAAUCUUCAGGCGGAGGACAGGCAGCAGUAUUACACAGACAUGUCUUGUCCUGUGUGUUUACAGCAGGCCGUUCUGCCUGUAGAAACCAACUGCGGACACCUUUUCUGUGGCUCCUGCAUUAUAGCCUACUGGAGAUAUGGCACCUGGCUGGGUGCUAUUAACUGCCCCAUCUGCAGACAAAUGGUAACAUUGCUCUUCCCACUAUUUCAUGAGCACGCUGCUCCUCAGAGGGUCCAGGAUGGCGAAGCAGAACCUCAGCUUAUUUUACGAGACAUCAACGAUUAUAACCGCAGGUUCUCAGGCCAGCCGAGAUCUUAUAUGGACAGGCUGCGAGAUGUGCCCACCCUGCUUCGACAUGCCUUUAGGGAGAUGUUUUCUGUGGGUGGCCUCUUCUGGAUGUUCAGGAUUCGAAUUCUUCUCUGCCUAGUUGGUGCAAUCACCUACCUGGCCUCGCCACUCGACAUCCUCCCUGAGGCACUUUUCGGUCUCCUGGGAUUCAUGGAUGAUUUCUUUGUAAUCCUACUUCUCUUUGUGUACAUCUCUAUCAUGUACAGAGAGGUGGUUACACAGAGACUGAACGGCUAGGUGAUCACUCAGAACAGAGGCCUUAGCUCGCUCAUGUCAGGCUCGGGAAGACGAGAACUCAGCAGCUGAUGAGGACAUGUGAAGACUGAAUAAAUGUUCAAAGUACAGUUCAUCAAUAAUGCUGGUUAUCUCAGAAGGGUCCACUCUAAAGCCCAGGAUGUUACUUCGUCACUGGAGAGAAGCUAGCUGAGGACCGAGCUCUGAAGGCUGACUCUGUAUAUAGAAUUCAUCAUUAAUCGUUCAUAGGUUGAAUGCGGUCAAAGCCAAAAAUAAUACAACAUGAGGAGGGCUGUGGAAGGAUACGAUGUUAUAGAAAUCUGCUUUGAAUCAGACACUGCAGUAAGUCAGGGACAGCCCUAACUGAAUGACUAGCAUUACUACCAGCCAAUUCUUUGACAGCAUUGCCAAAAGCAGUCAUUUUGUUAAUGUGCAUAUCAUUACAAUGGAGACAAUAUUGUAAUAUAAUGUGUAUCUUGAAUGUUCUGUCCUAAUUAUAUGCAUCUGAAGUUAGCUGCCUGCUGCGUCCAUAUUGUUAACCUGCCAGACAAAGGAGCGUUACAAGAACUGUCUUACUGUGGCUAUUCUAGCAGGUUAGGUCAGUUGCACUGAUGAUGCCCACACUGAAGGAACUGGUGUCUAUGCAUAUUCAUAAUGACAUGAAAAACACAGCUUUUCACACUUGUGUGAAAAUCACCGAAGUACUUUACCUGCAACAGUUGAUCAAAUCUAAUGAAAUCUGCAUGUAUUCAUGUGAGCUGGCGAAGCACAGGACAGCCUGUCUGAAGCAUAAUGGCUUGAUUUUUAUGUAAGAGCUAAAAAAAUAAUACCUUGAUCAUAAAAAGAAGCCAAACCACAGGUAUCAAGGAGUAAUUACAGAUUCCGUUGAAUGUAAACUCACUCAACCUAUGAAUUUUGACUUACCAUCUCAAAGUUUACCUCGCCACUCCAAAGAUAAUCAUGAGUCUGGAUGUAAGUCUCUGGUACAGGUCGCAGUCAGCGGCUGACGGACCGUGCACACCACAAAGCUUUUCAGAUUAUUCAGUUAGUUUGUAGAACAUCAAUAUUCAGAUUUUUAAAUCUGUAAGUUGAUUAAAAUAUGAAUUGAGAUUUAAUUUUUAAUCAAAAAUGAAGUUAACGUUUUGCACAGUAUGUGAUUCAUGUCAUUUUUAAUGCCUCCGUGCCAGCGACAGCCGUGGCUGGGGGCAUUAUGUUCCGGGGUUGUCUAACCGUCCUUACAGCCGCACCGCCAACCGUCCGUCCCGUUCUCGUGAACGCGAUAUCUCAGGAACGUCUUGGGGGGAAUUUAUUCAAAUUUGGCACAAACGCUCACUUGGACUCAAGGACAAAGUGAUCAGAUUUUGGUGGUCAAAGGUCACUGUGACCUCACAAAACACGUUUUUGUCCAUAAUUCGAGAAUUCAUACGUUAAUUAUGGCAAAAUUUCACACAAAUGUCUAGUAGGAUAAUAUGAUGCAGUGAUGACAUUUUAUAUGUAAAAGGUCAAAAGUCAAGUUCACUGUGACAUCAUAAUGUUCUGCAAAAACACUUUUCUGGCCAUUAUUCAACGCCAUAACUCGGGAACAGACGGGGAGAUUGUGACCAUAUUUCACAUUUGGUCUGAUACUGAAUUGGUGAACCAUAUCUUGUGUGCAAAGCUUGAAACUGAGAUGAUUUAAUAGAUCUGUGCUGCUGGGUUGAACACGUGUGUGAGGCAUCUACGUUUUAGAAUUUGUAGCUUCUUUGAAGCAAUAUCCAUUUUUUUUGAAGCACUGUGUACUGUCAUGGCUACAACUUUGUGUUCUAUCAGCAUCAGUUUUAUUGGCCAAGCAUGUGAACACAUACAAGGAAUUUUACUCUGA